CGGAACUCGGCGGCUACAACAUCGGCGGAUGCAAGAAUUCGCUUUAAACUCAAGGUGACCGCAAGAGGUUCGGACAAGUAACUGUGAGACCCCGCAGUGCAAGGGCAUAACCAUUCGUUACACUUUCAUCGCCAGGUUUAAAGACCAUUCACAAUGUCGUAUGUGAGUGACGAGCUAUACAAGUACCUAAGGGGGAGAAUGACAGAUUUUUUAAAAAUUAAUGCAGUGGAAUUGUUACCACAUCUUCCCUGUCUUACUCAGAUGGACCAGGAAAAAAUAAGAGCUGAAGCCAAAUAUGAAGGAAAUGAGGCAGCCAUACCUAUUCUCUUGGAUUCUGUGAGAAGACGGCAAAAUUGGGAAAGGCAAUUGAUAAAUGCAUUACGUAAUAAAGAAUACAAUGAUCUUGCAGGCAUUUUGGAACAGAAACUUGAAUCUUUAGCUCCAAGAAGGAAUGUUAGUCCUUCUGUUGCUUCACAUCCUAAUCAUUCUGCUGUAGAUUCUUCGACAAUUGUUGUUGUUCCCUUCCAAAGUGCACCAUUUGAUGUCUCACCUCCACGACACCCUUCAAGCUCAGUUACUGUUGCUGACAAUUCACAAUUCCCUACUACAGCUUUUCGUUCUGCAGACGACUUGUUGACCCUGUCCCCGUCCAAUCAGACUAAUCUGCGGCCUUCAGCUGGUAUUCCUGCAGCAGAACAUCCAGCAAGCAAACCUACAACGCAGCCCUCGGCCGGUCCCCCCGCAACGCGGCCCUCGGCCGGUCCCCCCGCAACGCGGCCCUCGGCCGGUCCCCCCGCAACGCGGCCCUCGGCCGGUCCCCCCGCAACGCGGCCCUCGGCCGGUCCCCCCGCAACGCGGCCCUCGGCCGGUCCCCCCGCAACGCGGCCCUCGGCCGGUCCCCCCGCAACGCGGCCCUCGGCCGGUCCCCCCGCAACGCGGCCCUCGGCCGGUCCCCCCGCAACGCGGCCCUCGGCCGGUCCCCCCGCAACGCGGCCCUCGGCCGGUCCCCCCACAACGCAGCCCUCGGCCAGUGUGCAUGCAGUAUCUGCUUCUGGACCUGCUGCCUUUUCAACAACCUCAACUGCAUCAUCAUCUUCUGUGUCUUCGACUUCCUCUACUUUCACCUCUCAGCAUCAUUCCUUAGAAUUCAAAAUACCAAUUCAAGAAACUGGAAAGUCAAUGGAUAGAGAAGAAAACAAAGAUGAAAAACUGCCUGUACAGAUUUCUGGCAUUUAUAGUAUUCUGGAGAAGAUGGGUACUUUUGAUGAUUCAAAGUCCAACGAUUCUUUCCAAUCUCCAAGGAAUCAAACCAUAAAUUCAGAUCAGAGCAGCACUGGUGAGAAAAGAAAUACAAAUGAAAUAUUCACAGCCAAUACUGAUCAAGCUAGGAGAGAAAUAAAAAAUAAUCAAGCUCUUGCAGAUGACUCUGCAACCUGCAAUCAAGUACACACACACAGACCUCAGUUAAAUGAUAAUGAUUUUGAGAGCAUUGGUAAACCAGGAAUGUUGCAGGGUAAUGUUCAGAAUAAGCAGUCAGAAACUCAGGCUGAAAGUUUCUGUAAAAUAACAAGUGCUGAUUUACAGCUCAGUGAAAACCCCGUGGAUAAUUCAAGCAACGAGAAUAAUUCAAACAGGGCCAUGCCAAAUGCCAACCUUAAUCCAAGAGAUAUGUCCAAAGAGGCCAACUUUUUGAAUUUGGGUGAUUGCAGUAGUCAGGGAGCUAAUGUUUCUUGUGACUACGAUGACAAAAACUCAAUUAAAGAACAAAAGAUUCAAGCAUUACAAGGUUAUCAGAAUGAUCAGCUGCAACAAAGCUUUUAUGAUGUUCACAGUCCAUUGAAUAUACAAUUGAAUUUUGAUGCUCAGAAAAAAAUAGAUGAAGGUGUAGACUCUGAUCAAAAACACACAUUAAAUCAAAACAAAAAUAUUGAAUACGAUUGCAGGGCUUUUCAGACACAUAACAUUGAAAUUGCAAAAAGUGGUCAUGAUGGGGCUGACUCUGAAGUUGAAUGCAUGAAAAAUGUGCAAACAAACAACAGCACAGAUUCAAUUUCCAACAGUGAACAAUUAAGCAGUUCUUGUACUGAAUGCUCAUUUAGACAUCUUUUGAUUAGUGGUGACUCUGUCAGUGAGCCAAGUGCUCAUGUGGAACACAACUCCCAAAAUGCAAAUCGAUUGAACAAUGAUCCACUGCUUCCUGCAUGUCUGCCAAUUGGCACACAGGCAUUAGGUCAGAUCAGCAAUAUGGAUGGUUUGCAAGAAAAUGCACAAAUAGGAACUACUGAGUGUGCAGGAAAACAAGAAUGUAUGGGAAUCCAGAAAUGUGAAAACUGGUUCACAGAGACAAAAUCAAAUAAUAAGUCAAAUCAAGGAGUAAAUGUUUCAAAGAGAGAAAGAUCAUCAUACUCUUGUGCGAAUGAAUUGACCCAGAGCACAUGUGAUGCUAAUCCAACAGUAUACAAUGAGGAUGUUAAGGAAUAUAGUGGGUAUAUUUAUCAAGAACCUGAUUCUGAAGUUGAAGCAGGCAAUGAUUGUGAAUUUGAAGCAGCAAUUCUGGAAGAUGCUAAGUGGCAUGAUUUUGGGAAUAGCUCUAUUCAUGCUUUCUCUCCUGACUGUGUUUCUUUGAUCUCGAGGAAAGAGCCACAACCUAAAAAGCCUGUAAAACCAAACGCGGACAUAACACAGUCAAAUUACCUAUUUGCAACAAUUUCAGUUCUGGUAUUAUCAGUUGUUGCUGUGUGCGUAUGGAAAUACUGCCAUAAAUAAGGACCAUUGUGACCUGAGCUAACAAGGUGUGGAGCUGGAUGAACACAGCAGGCCAAGCAACAUCAGAGAUUUUCUGAAGAAGGGUCUAGGCCUGAAACGUCAGCUUUCCUGCUCCUCUGAUGCUGUUUGGCCUGCUGUGUUCAUCCAGCUCUACACCUUUUUAUCCCAGAUUCUCCAACAUCUGCAGUACCCACUAUCUCUGAAACCAUUGUGACGUGGGUGGAUUUUAUUUUCUGAAAAAUUAUUGUUGAAGUGAUUUUAAAUUUACAAUAUAAUUUGAGUUAGCUGUUUGGAAGUAGGAGAAUAAUUCAUUUCAUGUCUUGUGAAAUGUUCUUUGGAGGUAUGUGCACUUAUUAUAUUUUUACUGCAAUUCUAUAGUUGGAACCUAUUCAGGAUCUUCAUUUUAAACAGAAACUAUCAAAGUAAUUUACAUAAAUGGCUCUGUUGCAGUUCACUGUCAAUCGUUUGCAAAGUAAAAACAAAUUAUAACAAUUUUAAACUUAUCUUUGCACCAAAUAAUUAUUCCAAUUUGUAUUUUUAUAUAGUCACUGGUAUCUAUAUAAGUGUCCUUAAAAUGUAAAUA